AANGGCGGCGGCGGCGACGACUCCUCCGCGGCGUCCCGCGGCGGCCGGUCCCACCGCGACGCCGUGGAGCGCCUCAACCAGAUGGUCUCCUCCUGCCUCUCCGCCCCCACCCCGCUCCGCCACCUCUCCCCCAAAGACCGCCGCCGCGAGGCCGAGCGCGAGAAGCUCGGCCUCAUCUCCAAGGAGCGCCAGCGCGAGCUCGACCUCGCCAAGGCCCGGUCCAAGAAGAGCCCCGCCGCCUCCGAGGAGGAGCGCGUCCUCAUGGGCACCCCGGGCCUCGACCCCAUCACCCUCGGCCUCGUCGACGCCGACGCCAUCCCCAGCUACGAGCUCACCGUCGAGGACGGCCGCCGCCUCGCCAAGGAGUACAGCCGGGUGCUCAUGCGCCGCCACCGUGCGCGGCAGGCCGCCGAGUCCAACCUCCUCCGCCUCAAGAAGGCGGCCGUUGCCGCCCUGCCCGACCACCUCCGGGCCGCCGCCCUGGUGCCCGACCUGACGCCGUUCCCGGCCAACAGGUUCAUGGCCACCCUCACGCCGCCCAUCGAGGGCUACAUCGAGCAGGUUCGCGAGGCCGCCAAGAAGUACUCGGUCAAGGAGAAGCUGCGGUAGAAAGGCCGCAAAUAACCCAAAAAGAGCCUCCUUUUUGAGGUGAGAUCUAUGACCACUUAUGCUCUGUUACAGGAUUCUUGGUUUUCGCUUUUCAUCGUGUACUCUUUAGUCUCAGCAGUCGAGUGGUUUCCGGACAUUGUUCAAAUGGUUGUUCAGUGAGAGAUAAUUUAUUUAUCAAUAAAAUUUAGAUAUUUCUCAUUUCUUGUUUUUUGUUGUAUAUUAUUCAUUUCAGGUAUUUGUAUUCUGUGAUUUAAUGCCAAAUGAGUGCUUUAGGCAUCGGUAUUAGCUUUA